GGGAAAUCUUUCGAAUUACAUGUUAUCAUCAUCAAUAGGGUAACAAUUGAAAUGAUACCAACGCUUUUCAUGAAGGUGUUUUAGCUAUAGACAUACAGUAAACAGAGAACACAAAUAUGCAGACGAUUAAAUGUGUUGUGGUUGGAGAUGGAGCAGUGGGAAAAACCUGCCUUUUGAUUUCAUACACAACCAACAAGUUCCCCUCUGAAUAUGUACCAACAGUGUUUGAUAACUAUGCAGUAACUGUCAUGAUUGGAGGUGAACCUUACACCCUAGGAUUAUUUGAUACUGCGGGUCAGGAAGAUUACGACAGGUUACGGCCUUUGAGCUAUCCCCAGACUGAUGUUUUCCUAGUUUGUUUCUCUAGUGUUUCACCCUCUUCAUUUGAGAAUGUUAAAGAAAAGUGGGUACCUGAAAUCACUCAUCACUGUCCCAAGACACCAUUCCUGCUGGUUGGAACUCAGAUUGACCUGAGAGAUGAUCCUUCCACAGUAGAGAAGCUGGCCAAGAACAAACAGAAGCCCAUCAGCCCUGAGACAGCUGAGAAGCUUGCCCGUGACCUGAAGGCAGUCAAAUAUGUUGAGUGCUCUGCCCUGACACAGAAAGGACUAAAGAAUGUGUUUGAUGAGGCAAUACUGGCUGCCCUGGAGCCUCCGGAACCCAAGAAGAGGCGCAAAUGUGUGCUGCUCUGAGCAUUUCCUCUCUUCUAUUGGUUAGAGCAUUUCAUCAACACUACUUGGUGUUGAAACCAUUAUUGCACAACGUUACUUCACUCCUAUUGGUAACUGACAGAAAUAUUUUAAAAAUGUUUGCAAAGUAGUGUGUGAACUUAAUUGAUCUCUACUAGAACCUUUGAAAUAUAACCCUCUUAUGUAAUAGUACACAUCAUUCCUAGAGCCAUCUCAGUAUUUUUCAGUUAGGACUGCAGCCACCAAUCUGUAUCAGAAGAGUGUGAAAGGGUCACAGACACACAGCUGAUGAUUGGGACCAGUGACAAGAGGACAAAACAAUUUUACCUUCAAUACUAAUGAUUCACUUUUUUCAGGUGUACGUGUUUUCAUGAACACCUGAGGUGAACAUAAAUCCCCUUUCAAUUGGGAAAGUGAUAAUAGAUUCUGUAACAGUCGGUAGUAACAAUGAUAUGUUGGUGCCAACCCAGUUACAACAUAUAUGCUAUGUUUGUCAGGGCAGUAUAGUAGUUUUUUUUUGUCUUUUAAAUCAAAUGACUUGUUUGAUGUCACAUACUCUAUUGCAUUCUAGGCACGUAAGUCUUUACUGCUCUGAAUGAAACAGCUCAUUGUUGCAGUGUAAAACCACCAUGAGACUUUUGCUUUAGAAUUUCAUUCAGUCGACAGAUUGUUCCUCCUUUGACAGGCACAGAAUCUUACAUGUUGUUUAUUUGUUUUAUACAAAAAUGUACAUCUCCCGUUGUCACAAUUUGAGUAUAAGUGAAUUUCUUGAAAAUGUAUCAACCAAAUAAAGUUAAGAAUUCUCAAGUGUG